AUGAGUCCAAGUGGCAUCUUCGGGGCCGGCAAGAAGGACGGCAGGCGGGAAACAUUUUCUCGAACGAAUUCGAACUCAAAUAUGUUCUGUAUGCUCAGCCAGAACCUUAAACUCACCACUGAGGCAUUCACGAAGCCCAGUCAUUCGUCGAGUCGAAAAUCAAGCACCGAUCCCGGUCAUGAUGGUGUUCCUGAGCCCACUGUGCAGCACAGGAAGCUCCAGCUUUUUCCACAAACUGUUUACCCUGCUGACGAGAGCAUAAUAACUCCUUUGGAAGAAGAACGCGAGAGCGUACCCAUCGCCAUAAGCACACCCUCCAUAUCAGAAGCAGACGUCAAGAUGAUUGAUGAAGAUGUGAAAGAGUUCUUUGCCAUUCGCAAUCUUCAGGAGGCAGAAGUCUACUUCACCAAUCUUCCUGAUGAACACCGCUUCCGGCUCGUAAACAAGCUGGUUGGAUCCGCACUCGAGAGCAAAGAGGCAGAUGCAAGGUUGGUAGGUGACUUCUUCGCGCAGGCUAUGAGCAGCGGACAGUGUACGCUCGAGGUAUUUGAGAAGGGAUUCAUGCCCAUGGCUGAAUUUUUGGACGAUAUUGCCAUCGAUGCUCCCAAGGCGUUUGGCUAUAUGGCUAUCAUGCUCAGAGGCGCUGGAUUCGAGAAUGAGCCUGAGAGACUCCAACGGAUCGCUUCGAAGCUCGGGGUUAGCGAUAAGCUGGUCUCUCUCGUGGCUUGA